GCACCUCCCCGGCAGCUCCGCGUCAGGGCUGCGCUCGGACCGGCUGCAGCGCUCGGCAGGGGACACCGCGCCGACCGCCACCUCCCCCCGGGACGUUUCUGGGGUCUCUCUCCCUCUUCCUGCCGCCGGAGGCAGCUGAGCUCCCGCCGCGCCGGGAUCCGCGGGGCCGCGCUCGGUCGGCGGAUGGACCCGCAGCCCGGCGCCAGGAGCUGCAGCCGCGGGGCUCCCGCCUGCGAGGUGGGGCCGCCCGAGCCCCCCAUGAACCUCUACAUCCACACCACCACCGGCACGCGCUAUGAGCUCUCCGUGCCCGCCGAAGAGACGGUGGAGGGGCUGAAGCGGCGGCUGUCCCAGCGCCUCAAGGUGCCCAAGGAGCGGCUGGCGCUGCUGCACAAAGAGAGCCGCCUGAGCUCCGGCAAACUGCAGGACCUGGGGGUCGUGGAAGGCAGCAAGCUGACACUGGUGCCCACCGUGGAGGCUGGAUUGAUGUCCCAGGCGUCCAGGCCAGAACAGUCGGUGAUGCAAGCGCUGGAAAGCUUAACUGAAACUCAGGUCAAUGACUUCUUGUCGGGCCGGUCCCCGCUGACCCUGGCCCUGCGCGUGGGGGACCACAUGAUGUUCGUGCAGCUGCAGCUGGCGGCCCAGCAGAGCACGGGGCAGCUCCAGCACCGGCACCUCAUCGCCAGCCGCGGCGAGGCGGGGGCCAGCGCCAGCCCCCACUGCCGGACGCUGCACGGCGCCGCCGGCUCCGGCUUCGCCCGCAUCCCCGUGGUGCCCACGUGCCAGCAGAGCCCGGCCCCCAGCCCCACGCCCGCCAUGCCGGCCCCCCCCAUGUACUGUAACGCCCCCCACCCCGCGCCCAUCACCGCCGGGAUGUUCCGCUCGCACGGGGCCAGCGCGCAGACGGUGAACAGCAGCGUGGUCUCCUCCUGCUCAGAGGUGGACUGUGGCUCCCGCAGCAGCAGCUCCCCAGGCAGCAGCCCGGCCCCCUCGGCCCGAUCCCGCAAGCCUGGGGCGGUCAUCGAGAGCUUCGUCAACCACGCGCCCGGGGUCUUCUCAGGGACCUUCUCCGGCACUUUGCACCCCAACUGCCAGGACAGCAGCGGGCGGCCGCGGCGGGACAUCGGCACCAUCCUGCAGAUCCUGAACGACCUCCUCAGCGCCACGCGACACUACCAGGGCAUGCCCCAGUCCCUGACGCAGCUCCGCUGCCAGACGCAGUUCUCCUCCUCCUCCUCGUCCUCGCCGCCUGCCUCCCCGGACCUCGCCACCAAAACUACCUCAGAGUCGCUGCCAGCGGCCGCCGCCCCCCCCCUGCACCCUGUCGUCCAGUGCCAAAGCCAGAUCCGGAUGUGCAAGCCCAGCGGGGACCGCCUGAGGCAGACGGAGAACCGGGCGACGCGCUGCAAGGUGGAGCGGCUGCAGCUGCUGCUGCAGCAGAAGCGGCUGCGGCGGAAGGCGCGGCGGGACGCGCGGGCGCCGUACCACUGGGUGCCCAACCGCAAGGCCGGGCGCACCAACAGCAACAGCAGCGUCUCCAGCGAGGGCAGCCUGGACCUGGACUUCGAGGACUCGGUCUGGAAGCCGGAGGUCAAGGCCGAGAUGAAAUCCGAGUUUGUCGUAGCAUAGAGAGCCCGUGCCCGGGGGGGCCCCGGGGGACUGUGCCGGGGGGUCCCGUCGCCGCCCCUGCGGGGGGGUCAGCGCGGGUGUCACGGCCGGGGCUCCUCGAGAUUCGCCGUCUCCUGCGACCGAUGCCUCGGGCCGACCCGCGUGUCACGGGGAGAGCCCCCCGCCCCCCGGUUGCUUGGCUUUGGGGAGAUGGGGGGAGCAGCUGGAGCCGCCCCCUCCCCGCAGCCUCCCCGGCUGGGAAUGGGGGGUCCCGACACCCCGGGGGGGUCCCGGGACAUAUCGAAGCUGCUGCUUUGCUGUGAAGAGGGGCUCGGGGGGGGUGCUCUGGGCCCCCCCGCGUCACCCCCCGGUGCAGGCAGGAGGAGGUGAAGUCUCUCUCGGAGGUGCUGGAGCCCCCCCGAUUUGGGGGCCGUUUGUUUUCCUUCCCUUCUAUAUGUAGCAUUGCUCGGCUGCGGGGCUGGGCCCCCCCGGGCAGUCGGGGGGGACACGUGUGUGCCUGGGCCCCGCCGCCGCAGCCCGGGGAGGGGGGACGGGGUGGGGGGGCUUUGUUUUGGGGGGAUGUUAAUUUUGUUUGGGGAGGGAGAAGCCAAGGCGCUUUCCCUCCGCGGCCGAGCCCAACUUCCGAGUCGCUGGACUCCUUCCCACCCGCCACUUGGGUGGUUGGAUUUUCUUUUUUAACUUAAAAAAAAAUUAAAAAAAAGGAGAAGAAAAAAAAAAAGAGAAAAAACCUGAAUAAAUAACCCCAAACUCGGUCCCGGCCGCGGGGCCGGUAUUUAUAGACAUUAAUGACCCGACUGAGCCAAUACUGACAUAGUCUUCAUAGGCCGUAGGAUCCUUUUUCUUGUCCGACUUGGAUUUUUUUCCGUCAGGAUCUGUGCAAAUAGAGCCCCCACGUGACGUGUUUUUUGUCUGUAAAAGUCUUUUUUUUUUGUGUGUGUUUCGGGGAGGGGGGGGCGGGGGGGAGAGCGAGGCUUUUUCGGUCUUUAAUAUUUUAUUUUUUAUUUUUGAAAUAAAUUUGGGCAGUCUGGAUGCAA